AUGGAUGAUAUAAAUAAAAGAAUCAUCGAACUCUUAAACACAACGAAUUUACCGACUGUCGAUAUACUCGAUCAAUCAAAAGAAACUAUUUCACAAAUAGGAAAUGAUAUUCUCGAUAAAUUAAAUACUUUUGUGCUUACAACUUUACAACUUCCUAACGAUAAAAUUCUAUUGAAACUAAGAAAACGAACUGAUAAUAUAUUCCUCACAGUUGAAAAUUUCGCAUGGAUUAUUUGGAAUCGAAUUAAUCACCAACAACAAAUUAAUGAAUAUGAAGUGAAAUUCUUAAAAAAUGUUGGAAUAUUAAAUAAAACAAUGGUUGAUUUAGACAUAGAUGAACAUGAUAUAAAAUGUUUUUGUAUGAUUGAAUAUGUGAUAGCACCAAUGAUAUUUAAAAAAGAAUUUAUAAAUAUAUUUGAAUCAAUAAUAAAAAAUAUUCAGCAUUAUGAACAGAAUUUCUCUGUUAUAAAUAUUAUCUGUCAAUGGCUUGAUACAAUAUCAUCUAUUCAUUAUUUUUUACGAAUGAAAAAUCGACAUUUACGACACCAACAAGAUCCAUUUACAAAACUAAUAACAACGAUUAUUAUUAGUCCAAUCUAUCGACAAUCUAUCGAAAAAAAUUGUCAAAUUAAUAUUGAAAUCAAUCCAAUUGCACAAUUUUAUAUUAGUUCAUGUUCAUUUUAUUAUGCAUUUAUUUCAAAUUUAGGAAAUUGGACUGACAUUAUCGAACCAUUAUUCUAUUAUAUUAGAAAGUUUAUAAUUUUCCAUAGUCAAUCAGCAUCUGAACAAUGGUCAUCAAAUAUAUUUAAUUGUAUCAAAAGUUCUAUUACAUUAAUAACUCAAUAUUAUGAAAAUAUAUACUCUAAAAAAAGUUAUGUAAUUAUUAUACCAAUGAUUAAAAAACCUAAUAUUUAUUUUGAUAAUACUAAUGAAUAUGUCAAAUCUAUAUUAAAUAUUUUGAAUAAUAAAUCUAUUCAAAAUAAAUUAUUAUUUACAUGGUCAAAUGAUGAAACUAUUGCUAUUGAUAUGAUAAUUACUUAUUUUUUAAGAUUAAUCAUCUCUGCAGAACAGAUUAAAUAUAAUAUUCUACAUUUUCUACGUACAAAUGAUACUAUAGAUACAAUUUAUUCAUUGAUAUUAAAAGAUGAUUUAUAUAUACAAUUACAAACUCGUCUAUUUACAUUGUUUUCAUUUUUAGUAAAUGAUACUAUUCUAAAUCAAUUUGAUUUCACAAAUAAAAUCACAGUUUUAUAUUAUACACGAAUUGAAAAAACAUUAACUCGAUUAUUACAAACAAAAGAUGAUAUUGAAGAAGAUAAUAUGCAAGUAUAUUUAGCAGAUUUUGUGAAUAUAUUAAAAAAUGAUCUAAUACAAAAGGAGAUUAUUAAAUUGAAUAAACUUGAUUUUUUCCUUAAUCUUGAGGAUAGAUUCUAUUGUAUUAAAAAAUGUGAAAUUCUUUGGAUAUUAUCGUUUCAUUCCUCAAUAAAACCAUGUCUAAAAAAUAUUCCAUUUUUAUCUUCAUCAAGACAUGAUAUUCGGUUAACCGGUCAUCAAAAUGACUAUUAUAUUGAUCAAGCUAUCUGGGGAAUAUUAUGGAAUUUAGGUGAUCAUCAAGGACUUACACGAAUACGUCAAAAAUAUAAAAACGAACAUUGGCAUAGUGGAAGUAUGGAAAAUUGUAUUUCAAUCGUUGAUUAUGAUGUAAUAAUCAAUUAUUAUGAAAGUGAUCGCGAACAAGUUGAAAAAUUAACAAAGAAUUUACGAGGAUAUGAAAAUAAAUACACAAUUACACACGAUUGGCUUUAUUAUAUUAUUGGUUCAUUAUCUACUAUUUAUUUUGAUGAUAAAGAAAUAGUGUCACAAUUAAUACAUAGAAUAACAAAUCAUGAUAAUAGUCUUAUUACUGAAUAUAAGAAUCAAUUGCCACCUUCAAAUGAUGAUAACGUCACAGAGGAUAGUUUAUAUGGUUUAUAUAAUGAUUGCAAAAAUAAUGAAAUUGAGAAAAUAAAAGGGUAUAUCAGUGAAAUGACAAUUACACAAAUAAAUAAACAACAAUCAAAUGGUAGCACACCUUUACAUGUAUCUGCUUACUAUGGUCAUUAUGAAAUAGUUAAAUUAUUAUUAUCACAUGGCGCAUGGAGAUCAAUAAGAAACAAACAUAAUUUAACAGCAUAUAAUGAAGCUCGAACAGAAGAAAUUCGUCAACUUCUUUUACGAAACAAUGAUAAUUAUUAUUUUAUUACAGAUAUAAAUAAUAAUAAUGUCUUAGAAUGGAUAAUUGUGUAUGAUAAAAUAAAAACACAACGAACAUUAUUUCGACAACAAUUUUUAGGUAGUACACAUGUACCAUUAGAUUACCAAAGAAUACUGGAAACAUUUCAGACAUGUUAUUUACAAAAAUUACCAUUCGAACCAAAAUUAAGAGCAUCAUUAAAUUUAUAUUUUACUAUGGCAGCAAAAGAUGAUGAUUUGAGAUACGUAUUAAGUGCUUAUACGUCACCAACAAUAUUUCACAAAGUGCUAAAUAGAGAUCUUGCAACUUAUGCCUUACAUUCUUUUGAUUCUACACUAAAGAAAACACAAGAUUAUUCAUUUUCUAAUUCUAUUAUUGAUCUUAUUGCAUUAUUAAUUCAGUCUAAUCAAUUAGAUUCUUUUUAUUGUCAAAAUAAUAGAACGACUUAUCGUGGUAUGCUUAUGACACUUGAUGAUUUAAAAAAAUACAACGUUGGUUCACAAAUAAUGAAUGUAACAUUUUUAUCUACAUCAACAAAUAAACAAAUUGCAGAAAUAUUUGCUGGAGAAGGUGCAAUAGAUUCUCUAAGACAAACACCUGAUCAUAUACCUAUACAUUUAUCAACCCUAUGUAUAUAUCAUAUAAAAAAUACUCGAACAGCAUUACAAAUAGCAGACGUAUCAGAAGUAUCUGCUGAAGAAGAAAUAUUAAUUUUGCCAUUUUCAGCGUAUGAAAUUGUCAGUAUUAGAAAAUGUGAUGAAAAGAAAAACAAUGGAAUUAUGAUGGAAAUUGAACUAGAAGAAUGUGAUGAAACAAUCUAG